GAAGCGCUCGCGGAGGGCGUCCGACGAGGCAGAUCGAACCGUUUCCCGUCUCACCUCGUCGCGUCACUCCCCACGAGCGCCGCCGCCGUUGGGAGCCAUGGCGCGGUCCCCGGCCUCCUCCUCCUCGUCCUACACCGACAGCUCGGGGUCCUCCUCGGACUCGGGCUCCUCCUCCUCGGGGAGCGACCGCCGCCGGCGCCACCGCCACCGCAGCAGCCGCCGGAAGGAGGGCGCGUCCUCCUCGUCCUCGUCCGCCCUGAAGGCGCGCAAGGACCGGAGGUCCCGCCACAAGCGGCGCCGGAGGGAGCGGGAGCGGCGGCGGUCCCCGUCCGACGACGAUAGCUACAGCAGCACAAGCUCUUAUGACAGCAACCGUGAGGUGUCUGGAAGAUCUCGGAAGCAUAAGAAGAGCAGCAGGUCAAGAAAGUCUAGGGAGAGGGAGCGAAGCAAAGAUAGACAUCAUAAACGAGACAAGAGUAAACACAAAGAGAAGAAAGAGAGUGGGGGUGGUGAUGGUCCUGUUCAGCUUUCCAAGUUUCUUGGACGCGAUAAAGAAAAGGAAGAAGGGGCCCAAAGGAGUGCAAUCUCUGGUAAAAAGAUAAUGAUGAAGCUUGAGAAGACCAAGGAAGAUAAGGCAGCAGAGAGCAAACGCAAUGAACUGUUGAAGUUCCUGAAUGCCAGCUAUGAUUAGCAGUUUGGUGGAAGUCGUGACGUGGAAGUACAGAAUGCCCUUCUGGUUGUCUUCGCGCUGGUGCUUUUGGUGAUACUCGUAAGCGUUUUUUGUUUGGGUUUGUUUCUUGUUCGUCACUUGACCACCAAGGUUUUGUUGGUGCCUAUCGUAACUAGUGACUGAAUGGUGAUCUACUGUAACUGUUCCAGAUUGGGGUUUUAAUGUGACUGGAAUCCCAUGUUAUCACUUAGAAUUUCCAUUUUUUUUCUU